AUGAACCUGAAUCCUCUUACUAAACAAGGCAAGGCGCUGCACUGUGAGGUCUGUGAAAUGAUUGUAGAAAAAUGGUUAGAGGGUUCCAGUGAUUUUGUUACAAAUAGUAUAUGCAUGGUGAGUCCUGGGGACUCAUUUUGUGAAUAGUCAAGAGUUCUGGCCUGUUCACAUGCACAACCAGUGAGUCCCAGUUAAAAAACAGGGAGUGCUUGAUUGAAAAUGCUUGGUAUGGGCCUUUUAACCAGACAGUUAAUCUGGAGACAGAUGCCAAAACUUUUUAUGACAGUUUACUAAAAUGAAAAUAUAGUCCUAUAUAUUUAAAGCACAAAAAGACUAAAAUAUUUAUAUACAUCUUUAAACAACAGCUACAGAAAUCGCACAAACAGGAUAUUCUACCAACAAAUCUUCAAAUCGAUCGAUCAUCCUUUGCAUCCUACGGGAUGCAUGCCAUGAAUUAUUUUAUGUCUUUGGAUAAUUUUUGUGUGUGGGGACACAAGAUGCAGAGGUAACAAAAUCACUGGGGUUUGAAACCAUUCUAAAUAGUGCACCAGUUUAAUUUACUGAGAAGGACGGUAACAAAUAUUGUUGAUCGUUUCAUAUGUCCAGGAAGCCCCUACACAGAGUUUUUAAACAGCGGCGACCAAGUGUGUAUGCUACGGAAAUACAAAAACAUUUAAUCGAAAAUCAGGUUGUUGACCAUAAAGGUUCGAUAAGUCAUGUAUUGACACGUGAUUUCGGUUACUCUUGCAAAGAGUUGACAAUAGUUCAAAAGAGAGCUUAAUCUAAUAAUAUAAUAAUGCUUGACUGAGACGCUCAAGAAAAAGUUGAAGCAUAUAUUUUUUUCAGUAACUGUGAUCCCAGGAAUAGGUACUUCUUUGACGAGAACUCGGUGAUUAAAACAACUGGGAAGUGAAGUUACUGUUGAGCAAACUUGUGAAGCUCAGUCGUGAUUGACAACUAUGUCUUGAAGUUCGCAAUUUGAUUCCCUAACUUGCUAAGUAAUUGGCUACUUCAUGAUGUAGUACCCAAUUUUCCAACGAACUUUGCAACAUGGUGUGGUAAAUAAUGUGAAAUCGACUGUAACAGAGUGAUCCAGACUUUAAGAGCGCUUUCCAUUUGUCAGAACUGGCCGGCCGGACCAUUGUCCAACCAGUCGGUUUGAUAUUGAAAUACGCUUUUGCCAAGAGUUUUUGCUGAACAACCAUUUCCUUGGUGCAUACUACUUAGGAUUUGACUGAUCUGGCUGGAGAGAUUUGAUUAAAAUGGAAAUUCUCAUUGCGUUGGGAAUGGUUUGGCCGGUCGGUUCUGACAAAUGGAAAGCGCCCUAAGUCUUCAUUUCAGUGGACAGCAAAACCAGCAGUGGAGUUAAACUAGUAAAACCACUUUUAUUUAUCCUGUAUUACCCUGCAGUUCUAUGCAAACAUCAUAUUGACCAGGGGGAAGGAGGGUACUCCUUAAAAUAAUAUGUUCUCUUGAAAUCCAAACAAUGUUCCCACAACUUGCAAAGCAACCAGCAGAUUUGUUUACUGAUCAUUCCUUGAAUAUCCACACUCAUAACUCAGCAUACGUUGUUGUCAGUUAAGAUGUUACAUGGUUGCGGUGACUGUCACAUUUUUUUUAGUUUCUCUUGCAUCUUCAGUACCAAGAAACAAUUACAACAUGUGAGAAAAACAAAGAGGCAUGAUAUUUUUGUCAAUUAUUGACUAUAUUUUCUCUGUUGGUUCGCCUCUCACUGCUAAAAUAUUUACUUUAGGAAACACAUGUACAUGUAUAUCCAGUAUAUCACAUUGAAUGUUUGGCUUUCAAGCUAGAUCAAACUCUUUCAAAUGAAAGAGUUUGAUGCAGCUCAGCCAUUCAACAAAACCCACUCACAAAAAAAAAAUUGAAUAGAUCAUUUGAUUUUUGAAUUCAGUCAAACAUUGAGUUGGGUUAUCAAACAAAGUGGAACUCACAUAAGGAACACUCAAAUGGAACAAAAACAAGCGUUUCAGUUCCAAGCAAUUGAUGACAAGUGUGUUAAUUAUUGAUCUAGUGUGAAAGCAGUCAAGGCGAUGUAAGAUCCUGCUUCUUUUAUUAUUUCCAUUUCAGAGUUAAAUUCUAAAAUAAACAUUUUCUGUGAAAAUGUCAAUACAUUUAUUUUGUUUACCAAGGAAAAAGUCUUUAAAUCUGCGAGUUGAAAUCAUCUUGGUAAUCAUCUCAGUUAUUACUCUUCACUACAUAAUUGGCCUCAAUAAUAUUGUAGCAUAUUCUGAAUCCAGCACUUGUCAGAUUUCCCUGGCUUGUUGAGUUGACUCAGUUUUCACAUUUUAUUUUUUUCCAAUAUAAUUUGGUUUGUUUCGAUUUUGUUCAGGCAUCAAACUCUCCAGAAAGCUGGUUUGAUAUUGUUUGAUGGCCAAACUGUUUUGUUCGGGGGAGUUUGAUUGGAACUUUGUUUUGCAUAAUACAUUGUACACCAGAAGUAUACAUUUACUGCAGUAAAUUAUCUGCUGCCCACCAGGGUUAUUGCUUUACAAGUUGUGAGAACAUCAUUUCUUGCACCCAGACCUUGUUACUUUCCCCUGCUUCCCCUGGUAGUGACCCUGUACGUGUAGAUGAUAAUGUACAACCUGAGGGAGGUUGUGCCCUUGAAAAGUAGGCUUUUUGUUACUGGUACUGGUAAUCAUAGACAGCCUCUCUUUACAUUUACAUGUACAUGUAACCCCUGGUCCAUAGUCUUAACGUUGCAGGUUGCGGGCAACAUAAUGUACUAACUAUUACUAUGAAACACAACUGUAUGCUUGUAAAAUUAUUGUAAUGUGAUGAAUCAGGGUUGUCAGAAAGUUUUGAAGUAGACAGCUGAGUUGUCAAAAAUAAUAAGCGGCCAGUAAAUUAUAUGUAUAUUACUCAUUUAGUAUUUUUUAUUCGUAUGAGAAUAUCUACAUUAGUAAAGUUGUCUUACUGCUAAAAGGUUUUCCCUCCCCCCCCCCCCGAUAGCCUGGGGAAUAGCUUCUGUGUUAUACUUAUUAGCACUUUGUUUUGUUUUUCAUACAACAGGCCAGGCAGAUCACCUUGGUAUGUGAUGUUGGUGCAGAACGUUCUCUCAAAGCAGGCUGGUUCAUGGAACUUAAUUUCAGUCUCAAGUUACUGUGCUUUAUGCUUAGUCAAGUUCUGCAAAUGUUAAUCUUGAAAUACUACUUCUAUGCUAAAGACAAAAAAUGUCCAACUGCUACCUCGAGUGGGCAAGGUGAAGCAAACCUUGCAUUCUAA